AUGAGUUCAAAAGAGUUUGAUAUCGGAGGAUUUCGACCGUUUGAUGUGAGCAGUGAUCCGAACAGUGUUGGGUCUGAAUGGAAACGAUGGCUUCGCAGUUUUCAGUUAUAUGCUGACGGUAAAUUACUUAUUAUUGAGGCUGGAAAAGAUGACAAUAAGGUACAGCGACGAGCACUUCUACUUCAUUGUGCUGGAUCGGAUGUCCAGGAUAUUUUCGAUGUUUUGCCUGAGACGGGGAACGCAAAAGAAUACGAGAAAGUCGAAGAAGCUUUAACCAGACAUUUUGUCACCCAAGUCAACGUUCCGUAUGAGCGACACAUGUUCAGAGAAAUGGCACAAAAUGAAAACGAAACGAUUGAUCAGUUUGCUAUACGCUUGCGACGUAAAGCUCAGCAGUGUGAUUAUGGAGAUCAACUGGAGUCUCAGAUCAGGGAUCAAAUUAUUUCCAGGUGUCGGUCGAGUGAUCUGCGAAGGAAGUUUCUGGAGAAGGGUCAGACGCUUAACCUUAAACAAUUACAAGAAAUAGCAAGAACGUCUGAAGCUGUGAAAAGACAAGCAAAGAGUAUGAGUGUUCAUAAUGAUGGAGUGAACCGAGUUUCUGAAAGGCCUGGUCGACAAGACAGACGUGAAAGUAAAGGUGAGAAAAGUGGAAAAGUGGAAAAGUUAAGAAGGGUGGUGAAUGUUUUCGAUGCGGAAAACCAGGACAUUUUGCCAGAGAUCCCAGAUGCCAUGCGAAGGGAAAGGAAUGUUCCAAAUGCCACCAGAAAGGUCAUUUUGCUGUGGUAUGCAAAAUCAAAAGUAAAGAUCAUGGCAAUCGAAGAGUGAGUUUUGUCGAUGAAGAAGAUGAAUAUGCCUUUACGUUUAAAGAAACAUUGGACACAGGAAGAGUGACAGUGUCUGUUGGAGGUAUUCCAUUGGAGAUGGUCAUUGAUUCGGGAGCGAGUACGAAUGUCAUUGACAAAUAUCUGUGGGAAGAUUUAAAGAAAAAAACACAUUAAAUGCACUUCAAGGAAAACCACAAAGAAACUGUAUGCCUAUGGAUCAACAACUCCCCUUACAGUAAUAGGAACAUUCACAGAAGAUGUAAAUGUAGCUGAUAGACACGUGACAACAGAAUUCACAGUUAUCGAAGGAAAGGGGGAGCCGCUAUUGGGAAGAAAGACAGCAACCGAGCUUGGAGUCCUAAAGUUACAAAUUCCAGAACAGUUUGUGAACAGUGUGACUGAUCGUGUUGCGAGACACAAAGUUUUGUUCCAAGGUAUUGGGAAAUUGAAAGAGUAUCAAAUGAAGCUGCAUAUUGAUCCGCAGGUUCGACCAGUUGCACAGUCUGUUAGGCGGACUGCAUUCAGCUUGAGAGGAAAGAUCGAGGGAAAACUUGACGAGUUACUUCGUGAAGACAUUAUCGAGAAAGUUGAUGGGCCGACUCCGUGGGUGAAUCCAGUUGUGGUAGUGCCAAAGGCGAAUGAUGAGGUCCGGUUAUGUGUGGAUAUGCGGUGUGCCAACAAAGCGAUUAUAAGGGAGAGACACCCGAUUCCAACUAUUGAUGAAAUACUCCAGGAUAUGCAAGAGGGAGGUGUUUUCAGCAAGCUAGAUCUCAAGUGGGGGUACCACCAGAUAGAAUUAAGUGAAGAAUCCAGAAGCAUCACAACUUUCGUGACGCACAAGGGUUUGUUCAGAUACAAAGGUUGAUGUUUGGUAUAAGUUCAGCGCCAGAGAAGUAUCAGCAGGUGAUUCAACAAGUGUUGCAGGAUUGCAGUGGGACAGCCAACAUCUCGGACGACAUUAUCAUUUAUGGUUCUGAUCAAGCUGGACAUGACAAGCGACUAGAAAAAGUGCUGACAAGGCUCGAGGAAAGAGGUUUAACUCUAAACAAAGAGAAAUGCGUUUUCGAUAUGCCGAAGCUUACUUUCAUGGGCUUACUCCUGUCAAACCGUGGUAUUGGUCCUACAGAAGAAAAGGUUAGAGCGGUCGUGGAAGCUCGAGAGCCGCAGAAUGGGAAGAGUUUCUUGGGCUUGGUGAAUUUCAAUGCAAGAUUUAUUCCAGAUCUCGCAACUGUUGCAGAGCCAAUGAGACGAUUGACGAAGCGAGGAGUACCAUUUGUUUUUGGUCCUGAGCAGCAAGAAUCGUUUAGAGAACUGAAACGUAGGCAUGCCAAGCGGAAACCUUGAGUUAUUUCGAUCGAGACGCGAAGACCAAGAUUGUUUGUGACGCAAGUCCAGUUUGGCUAGGGGCAAUUUUACUACAAGAGCACAAAGGAGAGGAUCGAGUCAUUUGUUAUGCCAGCAGAGGUCUUACCGAGGUCGAAAGACGAUACUCGCAGACUGAAAAGGAAGCGUUAGCAGUGGUGUGGUCGUGCGAAAGGUUCCACAUCUACUUGUACGGAAGACAGUUUGAACUGUGGACUGACCAUAAACCUUUAGAAUGUAUCUAUUCAGCUCGUUCUAGACUAUCAGCGAGGAUUGAGAGAUGGGUUUUGAGACUGCAACCGUAUUCGUUUACAGUGAAAUACCUGCCGGGGCAUUUAAAUGUUGCAGAUUCGUUGUCACGUUUGACAAAGAUCGGAGAGAUGAAGUCCAGAAGUAUAGCUGAAGAUUAUGUCAGUUUUGUUGCAAAGACAGCAAUUCCAAGAGCCAUGAAUUCCAGAGAAAUUGAAGAAGCAUCUUCUUGUAAUGAAGAAUUAAUGACUAUUCGUCAAUGUAUCGAGACAGGAAAUUGGGACAGUCCCAAGUGCGCCAGUUACAAGUGCGCCAGUUACAAGUCAGUUCGUGAUGAACUUUGUAGUGUUGGAAAGAUUGUCUUGAGAGGUACACGGAUGGUCAUACCACAGAAACUUCGACCAAGAGUGAUUGAAUUAGGCCACGAGGGCCAUCAAGGGAUUCUCAUGAUGAAACAACGACUGCGUACGAAAGUCUGGUGGCCGGGAAUUGACCAAGAAGCGGAAAAGUUCUGCAAAACGUGUCAUGGAUGUCAAGUUGUGAGUAGACCUAUUAAUCCAGAGCCAUUGCGAAUGACAGAAUUACCCCAGGGACCAUGGGAAGAUAUCGCUAUAGACUUCAUGGGUCCAUUGCCGUUGGGAGAUUAUGUAUUUGCUGCAACCGAUUACUACAGUCGAUACGUAGAGGUGACUAUUGCGAAAAGAAAUACAGCUGAAGUUGCGAUUAAAAGUUUGGAAAACAUGUUUGCAACCCAUGGACUACCGUGGACAGUGGCAAGUGAUAAUGGUCCUCAUUUCGUUGCAGAGACGUUCGAAUCAUUCCUGCAAGAGAAUGGAAUUGAACACCGGAAGACAACGCCGUUGUGGCCCCAAGCAAACGGUGAGAUCGAACGCCAGAACAGAUCUCUACUCAAAAGGAUGCAAAUAGCAAGAGUGGAAGGACAAGAUUGGAGGAAAGCAGUGCAAACGUACUUGAUUGCUUAUCGAAAUACACCUCAUCCAACGACAGGGAUGUGUCCUGCUGAAUUGAUGUUCAGAAGAAAACUGAGAACUAAACUUCCAGAGCUGAGAGAAAAUGUUAGAUUGGAUGAAGAAAUGCGAGACAAAGACAGAGAGAAGAAGGAGAAAAUGAAAGGUUAUGCUGACAAAAGAAGGAAUGCCAAGGAGAGCAAUUUAUCUGAAGGAGACAAAGUGUUGUUGAAACAGCAGCGCAUCAACAAGUGGACAACAACGUUUGAAAGUCAACCGUAUCAAGUAAUUGAUAAGCACGGGAACAGUGUAUUGGUCGAGUCACCUGAAGGUGUUCAGUAUAAAAGAAACACAACUCAUGUUAAACCGUUCCAGGAAAGAGAAAGUGGUUUAGAGGAAAUCGAAAUGUCAGCGACAGCACCUGAAGUACCUCCAGAAGAAAGUGUUCUACAGCAAGCGGAGGGAGAAACAUCAUCUGCAGGGGAAACAUCAUCGCAAGGUGAUCGUGAUGGGCGAGUGCCAAAUGGAGACUCUAACCAAACAGCAGAAAGUGUGCCAGUCAAAUCCCCAAGACCUGUGUGUACCAGACGUGCGCCAAAAAGAUAUGGAGAUUAUGUUAUGAAAUAA